CUUCUUCAGUCAUCGAGGAGAAGGGAUAGGGGGAGGACGUGUUGCUCUUCUCUCCCUCUCUCUUUCUCCCUGCCCUUUCUCCCUCUCUCUUGUCUGUUUCUCCCUCUCCUCUCCAUAUUAUCUUUUUUUUAUUCCUGUUUCCCUCUGGUGCUUUUUUUUUUUUUAACAUAAAGGACCAGCAACCAUGAUUGCGGGCGGUAUACGGGGACGGAUGGGCCUGCAGCUGUUGAUGGUGGUGAUGGCGCUGCUUCUGCUGACAUCCGUGACGCUCUUCACCCUGGAUAUCUCCCCGUCCUUCACGAAGGUGUUAAUGAAGAUGGAGGACUUAGAAGGAGCGGUGAAGGACAGACUCAGUGGGGACGUGGUGUCGACGCGUCACACCGCCGUGGAUGACGUGGUGGUGUCCCUGGACCAGAUAAUGAAAGCACCUGUCUCACUCGACCAGGAUGACAGUAGGUUAAUACAGAGGAUACGGGCCAAGUACCUCUUUCCUCCCUCCACGCAGCCUUACUCCCUCUCUUCCUCCAACUCCGAUCCUUCAAUGGGACAAAGCAAGCAGAUCAGGCUCAUCCUCGGAGACAAGGUGAAUGAGGGCGGGUUCUUCGUGGAGUGCGGGGCGUUGGACGGCGAGACGCGUUCCAACACUCUGGUUUUCGAGAAGAUGUACGGGUGGCGCGGGGUUCUUAUCGAAGGCGACCCUAAGAACUUCGAACUGGUGAGGAAGAAGAAUCGAAGGGCAUGGGCUGUGAACGGCUGCCUCAGUACCUCUCCGUAUCCGAACGUGGUGAUGUUCAAGCAGAGUUUUAACGUGGGUAAGAUCAGUAACUUGGAGACCGGCCAAAAGAAGACAGGAUACGCCGAGGUGCAGUGCUUGCCUCUCUACUCCAUCCUGCUCGCUCUGAACACGACCACUGUGGACUACUUCAGCCUGGACGUGGAGGGCGCCGAGAUGGGGGUGCUCAAGACGAUACCGUGGGACAAAGUGGAUAUAAAGACGCUGUCAGUGGAGUUCAUUCACGGCGGGGAGGGGAAGGACGCCCUCAAGAAGUACAUGGAGGGGCUGGGCUACCGUGUAUUCUCCGAGGUUACACACCCGGGCUGGCUCGCUAAUGACUUCAUAUUCGCCAAGAAGGAACUAUUAUCAAAGAAACGGAAAAAAAACACAAGUCCCUAGAUAGUUAAUUAAUUAGUUAGUUAGUGUGUGUGUGUGUGUGUGUGUGUGUGUGUGUGUGUGUGUGUGUGUGUGUGUGUGUGUGUGUGUGUGUGUGUUUUGCUCAGUUUGUGGUGCUAAGGUCGUGGUUUGAAGUGAGGGUGGGUGGAAAAAAAGGGUGUUUAGGGUGGCUGGGAUUAGUUCAGGAGUUUUUGGGGCAUUUGUAAGGUGGUAUGGGUAUGUGUGUUUGGUUUGGGCGUGUGUGUGUGUGUGUGUGUGUGUGUGUGUGUGUGUGUGUGUGUGUGUGUGUGUGUGUGUGUGUAGAGGUGUAGGUGUAGACAGUAGACAGGGGCUGCUGGGGUGGGUGGUGGUGUCAGGCAGUCAGGGAUCAGCGUGUCGUGUCUGGGUGGCGGGCGAUAGGUUAGUCUGUAGUGCAAAGUGCAAGGCAACAGCAAAUGGAAAGCUAACGGUGCGUUCAGUCAUUCCUUAUACUUUUAAUCUAUUUAAUUAUUUAUUUUUUAAGCGAUGAUUAGUCAUUCUGUAUGUGUUAAGUAGAGUAAGUGUGACAGUUUGGAAAUAUAAAUAGUGAAAGAAAAUAGUGAGAGGGUUUAGAAAAUUGAUUAAAGGAGACAAAUGUUGAGUUGUUAGAAAUUUUGAUUAGUUUAUUACAUUUAGUGACACGUUAGACAUUUUAAACGCUUUCUUUUAUAUUUCAUGUUUUAUUUGUAUAAUCUGAACACUUUUCCCUUUGCCAUUAUUUUAUAAAAGGAGGUUUUUUUUUGCUCUGUCGUAUGUAAGUAUUUCGACUCUUUAUUGCCAUUAUAACACAUUGAACAUUUCUUCGUCAUAAUUUCACGUUUGUCAGUAUAUCUAUGUGAACACUUUUUUUUUUUUAUCUGGGCCAUUUUGUUGUUUCUUCGUCACAUUACAGAGAAUCAGACACACACAUAUCCCCACCAAAGUUACAGUUACUUAAGUCUUGCUGUGCACUGAGUUCCAAUUCCUCUCUCACUGAAGUGGCUUGGCAAGUGAGUGGAGUAAGAAAACCGUGCUUCGCUUUGAUGUUACUUAUAAUCCUUACCGUAAUUUUAAGUGGCUGCUUGUUCUGCUAUCGUAUUUAUAUUUAUUGCUUCACUGGAGGUUUCAAGGGAAGUGUUCAAGUCUUAGGGUUUCCAGAAAGGCGACCUGAGAACCGCUCCCUUUGGCGGAGAGACUCCAUUGUGAUUGAAGGGCGUAGAGAGAGAGAGAGAGAGAGAGAGAGAGAGUGUGUGUGUGUGUGUGUGUGUGUGUGUGUGUGUGUUUGCCUAUCUGUUUGCUGGUUUGUUUCCACCGAUAUCAAAUACACCUGUAGUAAAAAGUAGUAGUAGUAGUAGUAGUAGUAGGACCUAGUAGUAGUACUAGGAAUUGAAUUCAUGGUCAACGUGUGUAUGUGUGUGUGUGUGUGUGUGUGUGUGUGUGUGUGUGUGUGUGUGUGUGUGUGUGUGUGUGUGUGUGUGUGUGUGUGCCAUAUGCUUGUCUUUCACACGCGUGAGUUAUCAAAAGGUACAAGUUGGUGAACUGAGGAGUAGAUCAGGUGUGUCGUCCCUUCCCUCUUCACUUCCGAGGCUCAGGGUGAGUGGAGGUGAGCAUCUCGACCGUCACUUUAGUCUCGUCAUGUUUAGGAGUCGCGUUCGAGUGUGACUGAAGCGAGAGAUUUAUAGAAGUGAUAUAAAUGAUGUUUGUGAUGCACACUAGAUAGAUAGGUAGGGGGAAAAAAAACGUCGUCUUCGUUCGAUGAUAAAUGUAAUUGUGAGGGUUUUAUUUUCUGUGUGUGAUUUUUAGAUAUUUUGAACGAAUGGGAAAGAAAAUGUAUAGAAAGAACUGCAUUUAUUUGUUACGGACGUUUAAUGGUGAUGGAGAUUUUUACUGUUUGUUGUUGAACUUGUUGAAGUGAAGUGGACAUUUAAAAAGAGACUGCAUUUUAAAAAAGCUAUCGAGUAUUUAUAGAAGUUUUGACGAAAGAGAAAUAUUUGAUUAAUAAACAAAAGGCAGAAAAUUAUUAUUAUAGACGUGAGAAGGACUGAGUGUGUUUCGUGCGCGAUUUUCGAUUUUCUUUUCUUUUUUUUUCCCAGUGAGAAAAAGUUGAAUGUUGUUGAUAGAAAGAGAAAAAAAGGGAAAAUUUUUUAUUUGUGUAUCUAUAUAUUUGUUCUAAAUUGAAUAGAAAAUGAGAAAAAAUGUAUGUUUGAGUGUUACUAAUUAAAACUCAGGAACAGAUCACAGUAUUUGAGUUUGGGCGAAGAAAAAAAUGAAUGAAAGGAAACGGAGACAAUCUAAAAUAAAACACUCAUAAGAAAAAAAUUCAUUGCAUGCGAGUGUAAUUAAAGGCUUUAUUUGUUGAUUUGUUUUUGAUUGAAAGAAAACGAAAACAAUCCUACGAAAACGUGAAAAGAGAUUAGUUCAGUCAAGCGUCAUUAAAGCAUUUAUUUCUGUCUAUCUUUAUCUAUUUACUAUCAUCUUUAUACAUUUUGUUUUGAGUGAAAUAAAACAGAAACAAUCUUAAGAAAAUUGUGAAAAAGAAAAGAUGGUUGCAUUCAAAUAUGAUCGAAAAAAACUUUUAUUCAUCAGUUAAUUUUCUCUCUCUCUCUCUCUCUCUCUCUCUCUCUCUCUCUCUCUCUCUCUCUCUCUCUCUCUCUCUCUCCAGUUCUCAUGAUCAUCCUUGCAAACCAAACGAAAACACAACUUGUCCCGUAACGAUAAUGAAAUACAGUGUUGUUUUUGUUGCAUUCGAGUGUUGCCACAUUUCCACCACGAGUGUUUUGUAAAGUGUUACAGCGGCGGGGGUCUGCUAGUGUUGCUGUUGUGUUGCGCAGCCCCCGUGACGCAGCGGUCCAGCGAGUGUUGUGUAGUGUUACUGGUCGCAUGUGAGGCGUCAUAGAAGCGAGGGGAGAAUGUCACACCAGUGCAUUCUGUUCCUUAUCGCAUUUAUAGUUAGUCAUUCCAUCUUGUAUUUGUAUGUGUAUCAUUGUAUACUGCAUACGUACAUACAUACAUACGUGCAUAGUUGUAUAUUUAUGUUUUCAUCCUCUCUCUCUCUCUCUCUCUCUCUCUCUCUCUCUCUCUCUCUCUCUCUCUCUCUCUCUCUCUCUCCAUUACUUACUUCAUUUUUCAUUUAGUUAAUCUCUAGACAUCAGCAGGAAUAUAUCUUUCUUUGAAUCGUUCAAAUGUUUUUUUUUUUUUUUUUCUUCCUUAAUUUAUCUUUUCAUUCUCUUACCUUCUCUUCUUACCUCUCCCCUGUUAUCCUUCCCCUCCUCCCCCUACCUUAGUUACGUCCCUUCCGUCCCUCCCUCCCCUCGUCAGUCACUCAUCAGUGUGUCAUCGCCUCUCACCUCACGUUUAUACUUCUCCCAGUUGAGAUCUAUGAUUGAAAAUAAAAUUGUGGUGUUGUU